GGGCAAAGUGCAUUUAAUAUAAUCUCCUAUUUAAGCAGGAGUAUUAGUAGUAUUACCAAGAAGGAAAAGAAUGGCGGCAGAUGGAAGUGAGGAAUUUCGGCUGGUAUCUCCCGGUAUAGAUAGUGAGGGAAGGCUGCCGAGAAAGUAUACUGGGGAGGGACAAGGUGCUAGGAAGAACAUUUCACCCCCGCUGGAGUGGUACAAUCUGCCACCGGGGACUCAGAGCUUGGCGCUGGUGGUGCAGGACAUUGACGCGUCGGACCCCGAUGGACCCAUCGUCCCCUGGGCUCACUGGGUCGUCAUAAACAUACCUCCCACCAUUAAGGGCUUGCCCGAAGGAUUUUCGGGGAAAGAAAAGGAGGAGGAGACGGCCGCCGGUGACUAUGCUGGGAUCAAAGAAGGUCACAAUGACUGGAAAGUCCCUGGAUGGCGUGGCCCCGUCUUGCCAAAUCAUGGACAUCGCUUCGAAUUCAAGCUCUAUGCCUUGGACGAUCAGCUGCAUCUCGGGAACAAGGUGACGAAGGAGAAGGUGAUGGAAGCAAUCGAAGGGCACGUUCUCGGCGAGGCAGUUCUGAUGGCCAAUUUCUGAACGAACGAUUCAGAAAUUUGUAGAAUCGGGAAAUGUAAAACUAGAAAGAAAAUCUAUCAAUGUGAAGUUGUUAAGAGUCUUUAUGAAUGCCUUUCAAUAAAGUUUUUUUUUU